AUGAAAGGCUUUAGUUACCCAUAAACAAUUUUUAAACCUCUCCAAAACGACUAUCUGAUUGAUUCAGAUAUUUUAGAAACAUUGGAUUAGUUAAAAAUCAAAUAAUAUACCGAUUUGGAGACAGAAGAUAAUCAAUUAAUAUUAAAGUUUACUUUUAAAGGAGAUUAAUUCUUAAGCCUUUAAGAUCUUAUUACGUUUAAAGAAAAUGAUUUAUAAUGUUUCUAAGUAGAUUAUGCAUUUGUAAUAAUAAACUAAAUUUUAGCAGAAUUCCAAUCUAAAUAUGAAAAGUAUUAAUUAAAUGUUAAUUUCAACCCUGAAGAAAUAUGGAUUCAUAUUGGUCAAAGUUAGAAUUCAUUUUAAUAAGUCAUAUUUACUUCAAUCAAUUUCGAUAAACUAAACAAAAUUAAUCCUGAUAUUGGAUAGUUAAAAACAACAAUUGUUAAGUUUUUGUAAUUAUUCUCUUAGUCUGAUCCUUACAUAAUACAAGAAGUAAAUGAAACAUUAAAAAAAUGUAAUUAAAUUAAUGAAAUACAAAAUAUCAUACAAAAUAAAUUGAAACCUUCCUAAUAAUUAAUGCUAAACCAUAAAUCGAAUAUUGAAUUCUAAAAAUUAGUUGAUAUUUUUUAAAAUUCAAAAGAAAUAUCACUAUAAGGAAAAAAUUAUGAUAUAUUAACAAAUAACUUAAUCAGUUAAGUAGCCAAAAGUAAUUAUAGUCUUAAGGAUGCUUCUAAUAUUUAACGUGCUUUUGAAAUAUUAAACUUGCUGCCAUUAUAUAAAAUUUUAACUUUAUGGGAUGAUUUGGACGACAUUUUUAUCAUAUUAAAAGAGUAUGAGAUUUUGAACUCGCUUAAGCGCUUAUAAAAUAUUAAUGACUAUAUUUUUCUAUUGACAUUUCCAAAAUAACGUCAUAAACCAGACAUUAUAAUAUCUGUAUCCUACGCUGAAUCAACCUUAAAAUGGAUUGAAUUUUUAGAAAAAUUUAUUAACUAUAAAAUCAACCAUUAUAUUAAGAACAUCUUAGAUUUCUAUAAAGGUGACAAAGAUGAAUGGUUUAAGGUAGAUUAUAAAUGCAUCUUUAAUAAAAUUAGAUAAUAAUAUAAUGACAGUGAAAAUGUUGAGUAAACAAUUGAAAAUUAUCAAUCUUUAAAAGACUUUACAUAUGAUAAUAUGAAGAUAUAUUAUUAGGAAAAGGUUAACGGGUUAAAUCAGGAAAUAAUUAAAAUAAUGUUUAAGAAAAAGUGA